UUUACACAACACUAAAAAAAAAAACAUAAAAAAAUAUUCACUUGAACUUUGAAGCACUUUCCAACACACAUUUGCGAAUUAAUUGUCAAACUGGACUUUAUUUAGCUGAGAACCGUGUUUGCACGCAUUUGCCCUUUCGACUGAUUUUCUUAGUUGAUUUUUUGGUUAAUUGAAGUGCAUUCUGUUGUUGCGAUUCGAUACUGUGUCUAACAUGGGCCGGCCACGCAGCAUCGAGAUCCACAAAUUGGUGGAGAUGCUUCCGAAUAAACAAUAUUGUCGCUGCAUUCUGUGCGACAAGUUGCUGAGCGGCGCGGUCCGGAGCAAUAUCAAGCGGCAUUACGAGCGCCUCCAUCCGGAAGUUGUCCUGCCCAAGGCUAAGAAGAGGAAGCAUUUAACGCACUUGAAAACUUCCAGCAACAAUGUCGAGCACGUGAAAAUGGAACAGAACGGAAAAGUAACGAAAUUGAACAAAAAUCGCGUACGCAAAUGCAUCGUGGAUUGGAACAGUCGUGUGGUGCAGGCGCUCGUCGAGAAUGUGCGAAAGAACGAGAACCUAUGGAAUCCGCAUCAUUGUUUCUACAAAGAUCGCAUCAUAACGCGAAAUGCUUGGGAGAAUGUUUCGGCUGCCAUCGAUGUACCGAAAAGCGAGGCAAUCCUCAAAUGGCAUUCCAUACGUUCCAGCUACAGAACGCAUUUGAAAAACCUGCAGGAGUUCAGAUCCGGACAGAUUGUCAAGGACAAGAAACCAAAUCCAUUAUAUUCAACAAUGUCCUUUCUCGAUUCUGUCAUGAAGUUUCCGCCCACAAAUCCUCAACUGACUACGCAUCCAGCAAACAAACAGGCCGCAACAUAUGAGACAAGCCGAAAACCCUUUCAGCUCCGAGCUAGCGAUAAUAUCUGGGAUGGCAGCCUGAGGAAAAUGGAGCCCAUCCAGGCGCUAAUUGCCGGCAAAUUGAUUAGCAGCGUCCUCAUCCAAGGCCAAUUGGGCCAAUUGAGCAUGAGCAGCAAUAUCGCCCAUAAUACGCCCAGGCUGUUCGAAUCGUAUCAACUACCCCGUAUUGGAUGUCCGACAUUCAGAAGCGUUGAGACCUUGGUGGAAUUGCUGCCAAACAACAUACAUUGCCGUUGCUUGCUGUGCGGCGCUAUGAUGCCAUAUCAAUAUGAUAACAUAAGAGAGCAUUACGAGAGCUACCAUCCAAAUUUGGCCGUUAAUCAACACGCAGCAAGCAAUGCGUCGACUGCAGCCAACGCGCCGAGCAGCACGCGUCAAAGUCAAUGCAAUCUAAUGGAAAAAUUGGCAUUCAGACUUGACGAACCUGGCCAACAGCAGAUGCCCAUCGGGGCCGGAUGCCCCAAUGAUUAUGAGGAGGACACAUCCAGUUUGAAUGGCAACGGCCAAUUCGAGAGCGUGGACAUUGGCAAGGAGGAGCUGUGCGAGGUGGUCCACUCGCCGGAGGCAUUAAACGAUUCCAGCGAAUCGUUCAUCUAUCCGGACAAUCCCAACGAUGAGGAUCCAUUCAUAAUGACCAAUUUCGCCCAGGCAAACACAAUGGGCAGCCCGAGCACUAAUUCAACGCCCGCCCCCCAAACGGGCAACAGCUCGAACAAUGCAACGGCCAGCAGUUCCAUGCACUCGUCCAACGAUGCCAGCUUCCUGCAAUACCUGAGCGAUAAGUUUGGCAAAUACAGCUCGAACACCAAAUACACGGUGCAAUACCAUAUCAAUUGCAUAUUGUACAAGGCCGACAUGGGCUGUUACGAUAAUGCCGACGCCUCCAAGUUGCCCGAUUCGUAUGCAUAGGCACUCCAUAUGUACAUAUAUACACAUGCACAUACACAUAUACAUAUAUAUAUAUGUAUAUGUAUAUAAUAUAUAUCCAACUAUGUUAAGCACGCCAAUUAUAUACAUAAUACAUAAAGACAUUUCGUAGCUUAAAUCGGAAUAAGUAGUUUCCAACUUGAUUUGUUCACAAAGCAAAACUAUAUUA